GUCUCGAUCGAAGCACAUUUUGAAGUUCAAUUUAUUUUGUCAGUAGAUUUAGAUUUUAGAUCUAAAAUCUAGUAUUAAAUAUAAUUUUAGUUGUUAAGUUCUCGUAGCAAACACUAUACCAAUUGUGUGCCUGUGAUCAUCAUGCCACCCAAAAAAGUUGAAGAACCUGAGAAGAAACCACUUAUUGGACGUGUAGGCACAAAUCUGAAGGUUGGAAUCGUUGGUAUUCCGAAUGUUGGUAAGUCGACAUUCUUCAAUGUCCUCACCAAGAGUGAAGCUGCAGCUGAAAAUUUUCCAUUUUGUACCAUCGAUCCAAAUGAAAGUCGUGUACCAGUGCYGGAUCAACGAUUUGAUUAUUUAGUUGAAUAUUUCAAACCAGCCAGCAAAGUUCCAGCAUUUUUGAACGUUGUAGAUAUAGCUGGGCUCGUCAAAGGAGCUGCAGAAGGCCAAGGUCUUGGGAAUGCCUUUUUGUCCCACAUAAAAGCAUGCGAUGCUCUGUUCCAUUUGUGCCGUGCAUUUGACGCCGAGGAUGUAAUUCACAUCGAGGGUGAAGUUAAUCCUAUUAAAGAUAUGGAAGUUAUUAAUGAAGAGUUACGUUUAAAAGACGAAGAAUAUUUUAAUGCCAAUUUGGAAAAACUUGAAAAAUUAGCUAUACGUGGCGGAGAUAAAAAACUCAAACCAGAAUAUGAUACUUUUUUAAAAAUCAAAACUGUUUUAGUCGAUGAAAAGAAACAUAUCAGGUUUGGCGAUUGGAGCGCUCUUGAUAUAGAAUUUCUCAAUAAACAUAUGUUCAUCACGACAAAGCCAGUCAUUUAUCUGGUAAAUCUAUCAGAAAAAGAUUAUAUCCGAAAAAAGAACAAGUGGCUGAUAAAAAUUAAAGAAUGGGUGGACAAAAAUGAUCCUGGUGCAAUUAUUAUACCGUUUAGUGGAGUUUUUGAAAAUAAAAUUAUUGAAAUGGAGGAACCAGAACGCAAAAAAUACUUGGAAGAAGUUCAAGCUACCAGUGCUUUGGACAAAAUAAUUAUCCAAGGUUACAAAGCAUUGCAGUUACAGUAUUUUUUCACUGCUGGACAUGACGAAGUCAAAGCUUGGACUAUUCAAAAAGGUUUUAAAGCACCCCAGGCAGCUGGAAGAAUUCAUACAGAUUUUGAAAAAGGAUUCAUUAUGGCCGAGGUGAUGAAGUUUGAAGAUUUCAAAAAUGAAGGAACUGAAGCUGCUUGCAAAGCUGCGGGGAAAUAUAGGCAACAAGGCAGAAAUUAUGUUGUAGAAGAUGGGGAUAUUAUAUUUUUCAAAUUUAAUGCUGGAGCUGGCUUGAAAGACCCAAAAAAGAAGUAAAAUUCACUUUUUUUUGGGUCAGCUCCGAGUCGAUUGCCAGACAUUUUUCGAGUAUACGUCUGCAAAUAGUUAUAUGAUUAUAUGACAUGAAU